AUGCCUCCUAUUAUAAUUCUUGAUUCUGAUGACGACGAAGAUGAUAUUGGCUACUCUCCGCCUCGCAACGUGCAAACUUCACACUUGCCUGUGCCCGCUAAAGCUGAAGCCGAAGGUACAAGUGAUUCCUUUGGGCGUGUAAGCCGUGCGACGACGUCAACAGAUCCUUCAUUCUUUCAGAACAUUUAUAAUGAGCAAAAUGAUGCAGCUCGAGGAUAUGUUCCAGAUCCGACGGAAGGGUCACAUGACCAGCAUCAACACUCAAGUUCUGAUAUGACUGCGCCAACACCUUUCAAGCGCACUGUGACGGGACUACUUGAAACAUCUUCCUCUUCCACACGGGAGCAGAGUAACACAGGGGGUCAGAGAAUGCCUGCUAGGAAUGGUCCUGAUGAAUGGACUCAGGCCUCAACGCCAGGCAGGCGAAAGGCACCCACAGCUGUUAUGGACGACAUGUGGGAUGUACCAAGUUCGCCUGAUGAGCGUCCUGUCAAACCAAAGAUAAAAAUCAAGUUGAAACGCUCAGGUGCUCAGUCAGAUUCCACCACAGACUCUCGGUGCGCCAAAGAGUCAGGUAGAAUGGCAAAAACCCCCGACUCCAAGUCUGAGCGGCCAGGCGAUUCACCUUCAAGCAAGAGGAAGCGAAGGAAGGUCGACCAUCCCGAGCCUUACUUUCAAGGUUCUAACGAAGUCGAUUUGGUAACAAUACCAUUCAGUCAUGAUCAUGAGGGUGACCAUCAUGAUCAAUCACCGCCUACGCCCAGCAUGCUCCCGCCAACAAUGCCGGUCAACGACGACCUUUCCUUCUUUAUCGCCCCCAACCCCUUGACUGACACGCAGAGGAUGGAGCACGAAAGCAUGCAAUUGCCGUCGAGUGACAGCCCGCCUCACCAGCUGCCUCCUGUGCGGCAAUUCAAUAUCCAGAAUAUAGCUUCAAGCAGCGAAGCGACCAAUGUCAACACACCAAGAAGUAAUGCAACUUAUCUCAUGAGUACUGCUCCUCCUCCUCCGGCCUCGACGGACCCGCCACGAGCAACACUUGGUCAAGCCACCGGCCACCGUUGGGAUUCAUCACCUGACGUCAUAGCGGCUAUCGAUUCGCCUCCCUCCAAAAAAGUAUCCAGGUUGCGAGAGCAAUCAGCAAAAGAUGACGCACCUGUGCCUGCAGACAACGAGCUUGUGGAGUUGCAGCAAACCGAACCCGAACAAGCGGGACUACCAAUCAUGCAAGAAACUACGUCCGACAGCUACGAGCCUGAAAUAAUGACCAAGCCCACAAAGGCCAAGAAACCAAGAGGGAGGCCAAAGAAGAAGGCGGCAGCAGCUGAACAAGAUGUACCUUUGGCAGAUUCCCUACCAGCUCGACCUGAGGUCGUCGAGUCUGUCACGAAACCCAAAAAGAAGCGCGGCAGGCCACGAAAAUCCGAUGCUAAGGAAGAGAGUCCCAACAUUGACCAGUCAUUGUCGACCAAAGACGCUUCGUUAUCUAAGGAUGCUGUGCAACCAGAAAAGAGGGCCAAGAUAGAAAUUGAGGAGACUGAGACAAAAGACGAUCUCGCGGAAGAAGACGAGGCCCAAGUUUCGACCAAGGGCUCAGAGAGUCCCGCAUUAAAAGAAACGGACCCUAAUCUGUCCAGGCGGUCCAUAUCCAGUAUUGACGACAAUACGGCGUCUAAGAAUCCAGAGACUCCUCGUACAGCAAAGCAGGAGGGAAAACCAGAGAGAUCAACAAUCAGCAGCAGAGGCUCGACACCGUCUAAGGGAUUGUCAUCAAUCAUCAACAAACCUGUGUACCGUGUUGGAUUGAGCAAAAAGUCGAGGAUUGCGCCUUUGUUGAAAUGUUUGCGUAAGGAGUGA